AUGACAGGUCUUUGUGAAAUACAUAAUAAAAAGUUAAAGUUUGCAUGUUCAACUUGUAGAUUCAAGUUGAUUUGCUCGAAAUGUAUUCAAACCACACACAACGGUCAUUCGAUCGGUGAGCAAAAGUCGAUUUUCAAUAGCCGUUUGGAUGCACUCAAUAAGAGUAUAGAUGGAAAAUGGAGUCUUCUACGUGGUAGUGUUGAAUCGUACGAAUCGACCAACAAAGUAGAGAAAGAGGUGCGUCAAUACUUCUCAGAGUUACAAGAGUAUUUGAAACAAGAGGAGAAUCGCGCCAUUGACAUUAUCGGACAGGAGCGAAACAAUCUCGGUCACGAACUACUCUCUUUGUACAACAGUAUCGAUCGUCUCUACUCUGUCAAGUUGCGUCUCGAACAAUCGUUACUCACCUCGGGUGACUCUGAAUCUUCGACCAUAACAUCACCAGAUACUACUACUACUACUACUACCGAGUCUCCACCAUCAUUAUCGCUAUCAUCUUCUGGAGUGUUGGUAUCGGGUGGUUCUCUCCAACAUCAGGAAAACGCCAGUCAGUUGCUUGAGCAAUUGUCAAAUGUCGAUAAUCUAGAGAGUUUCUUGGCAGUCAAUAAGAAUCAAUCGUUCGAUAACAACGUUAUCUACGAAGAUCUGUUGACACUGGCCGAGGAGGAAAAGUCCGUGUUGCCAGGCAUCAAAUUGAAGUUGCGUCAAGAAACGAUCAAUCGUAUCAAAGAAGACGUUGGAAAGUCCUAUGAGCUACAGGGUGCCGAAGAUCAAAUCAAACUGUUGGCAGCACCACUCAAUAUUCUCUCGAUCUACGCAUUCGUCGAUUACAAACCUGGAUUCUUUGCACUCCACUCGUUGGACUUGGAAGAGAAGAAAUGGAUUGCUCAUCACCCAACAUCGGAGCCGUUCCACAAGCUGUUGGUUGUCGGAGGUUACAUCUGUGCUUUCGAUGGCAAGCGUGGAGUAUUCAAGUUUGACCACAUCAACAAGAACUGGGUACAAGCCGUCUACUUUGAGAAACAAGAACGCUUCGGACCGGAUUCUUCGUUCUGCUCGGAUGGAUCGCGUUACGUCUACAUCAUCGGUGGAGGCUACGGUGAGAGAUACCUCAUCUGGAAGCAUUUCUCCGAGAGUUCAGUGGUGCAGUACGACGUCGCAACCAAUACAUUCACUGAGAAGGGUCAUUUGAGAUGGCCACGUUUCAAUGCACAUUCGAUCUUGGAUGGCGACACCAUCUACAUUGUCGACUCGACCGACGACAAACCCUCGAAUGCCUCUAUCAUUAUGUUCUCGUUGUCGAGCGGAUCGUCAAAGAUGUACUCAUUCUAUCGUUGGUGUUUGGAUACCUAUAAGCUUGAGAAGUUGGUAUUGUUCUAUCCAGCGACCUCUAUAUUCUACGGACAUCACAACGGUAGACCAAAGAUCUUUGCAUUCGGUACCGAUUCCAAAGUCAACGACUUUAAGUGUUAUGAUAUCAAUAAGAACGAGUGGGAGACCUACGCACAUAGAGACUCCUUGGAUUUCAUCGGAAAGGCAGUGCCUGUCUACACAUCAAAUAUUUCAACAUGGACAAUCGAAGAUGAACAACCAGCAGCAGUAGCACCAACAACUACUACCACCACCACAUCAACAGAAUCAACAAGCACAACUACAACAGCCAAUGAAACAACACCAACAACAACAACAUCACCAGCAUCACCACAAAACUCUAACAAUUCAUUAGGUUCAUCGACUCAAGAAACAACACCAACUUUACAAACAUCUGCAAAUGCCACACCAACACCAACUGAAGUUUCAACAUCAACUCAACCAACACAACAAUAG